AUCAACUUUCUUGCCCCUCUUGACAACCUUCAACGAUGGGUAUUAAGGGUCUCACAGCGCUCAUCAGCGAGCAUGCCCCCAAGGCAAUGCGUGACCACGAAAUGAAGACGCUCUUCGGUCGCAAGGUCGCCAUUGAUGCGUCGAUGUCGAUCUACCAGUUCCUCAUCGCCGUCCGCCAGCAGGACGGCCAGAUGCUCAUGAACGAAAGUGGAGAAGUCACUUCACACCUGAUGGGCUUCUUCUAUCGUACCAUUCGCAUGGUGGAUAAUGGUAUCAAGCCAUGUUACGUGUUCGACGGCAAGCCCCCGGACCUCAAGUCGGGUGUGCUCAAGCAGCGUUUCGGUCGUCGAGAGGAGGCCAAGUCGGCCGAGGAGGAGGCCCGCGAGACUGGUACCGCGGAGGACAUUGACCGUCUGUCCAGGCGGCAGGUCCGCGUCACCAAGGAGCACAACGAGGAGUGCAAGCGUCUCCUCAGCCUCAUGGGCAUCCCCUGCGUUACCGCACCCUCAGAAGCCGAGGCUCAGUGCGCCGAACUCGCUCGCGCCGGCAAGGUGUUCGCCGCCGGCUCUGAGGACAUGGACACGUUGACCUUCCACACGCCGAUCCUCCUCCGUCACCUGACGUUCAGUGAGGCCAAGAAGAUGCCCAUCUCGGAGAUCAAGCUCGACGAGGUGCUCGCUGGACUGGAGAUGACCAUGGACCAGUUCAUCGAGCUCUGUAUUCUACUCGGCUGCGACUACCUCGAGCCCGUCAAGGGCGUUGGACCCAAGACUGCCUACAAGCUCAUGAAGGAGCACGGCUCUCUCGAAGAGGUUGUCAAGUUCAUCCGCAGCAAGAUGGCUGAGAAGGAGGCCGAGAACGCCAAGGCUGCCGCCCUGGCCGCUGAGGACGAGAGCGAGCCUGAGAGCGAGGAUGGUGCCGCCGACUUUGUCGUCAACUCUGAUGGCGAGGAGGUGCCUGCACCAAAACGCUCGCCCGUCAAGAAGAAGCCCAAGAAGAAGGGAACGAGCGCGGGCAUGCAGAUUCCGGAGUACUGGCCCUGGGAGGAGGCCAAGAAGCUCUUCAUCACGCCGGAUGUCACCAAGGGUGACGACCUUGACAUCGACUGGAAGGCGCCGGACGAGGAGGGUCUUGUCGAGUUCCUGGUCCGCGAGAAGGGUUUCAAGGAGGACCGCGUGCGCGCCGGCUCGCAGAAGCUCGCCAAGAUGCUCGCGGCCAAGCAGCAGGGCCGGCUCGACGGCUUCUUCAAGGUCAUGCCCAAGAAGGAGGACGAAAAGAAGGCCGGCGCUGCCAAGGGCAAGCGCAAGGCGGAUGAGAAGCCCAAGGCGGGAGCCAAGAAGAGAAAGUAG